AUGGAUAUGAGACCAACCGUAUCAGCCGAACAACGCGCAUUUGUGGAUAAGGCACUACUACCAUCCAUUCGUCAAGUUCAAGAUACGAGCAGGUUCUCAGUGUGUCUGGACUUUGCAAAUGCUGCCAGAAAUGGUGUAGGCCGUGCCCUCAAUAAAAUGGUUACUGAAGAUUUGCAAUCUUUGAUAAAUGCAAUGCGAUGUGCCAUUAGGGUCAACAACUUGAUUGGUUUCGACGACUUCUUUUUGGUGUUGUACUCUCACAGGAUCAAGAUUCAUAUCCCCAUGCCCAUUCCUGCUGGUCAUAAUGGUAGCUUGGUGGAAUAUGGCCUUCGUCAUCAGCAUAUCGAUUUCGCUUUGGUAGAUCACUUUAAUCUUUACGUUGAUUUGGCGUUGUCUUUCAAGCUCGUACAGCAUCAUCCAGAAGGUGUAACUGGUUUGUGGGUCAAUUAUGAAAACUUGGUUGUUUCUUUGACAGAGACCCAAGUAUUGGUCGUUUUCUAA